GCACAAAACGAAGCGGCCCAAAGAGCAGCCGAAAAGACGGGCGAGAUCGUAGCAGUCACCGAACCUCCUGCUGUCGACAUCAGUAGUUUUGACGGCGCAGAUUACGAACGUCACAACGUCCUGAAUCAGGUGGGUGACCAGUCGAUGAAAAGCUACUACUUCCCGCCCGAUCCAGAUAUGCCUGCCUGGAAACCGAUGUCGAUGCAUUGGUGGUACAUCUCUAUCCUUAUCGUCAUCGCCGUGGCCCUCGGUCUGCUCCAAGAGUAUCUUUGCCAAAUAUCCAUGCGGGCAGGCGAGAACGGCGGUCUCCUCAAGUUUAAGUCCCCUCAAGAACUCACAACGGCCAAAUAUUUCGGCUGGAAGUACGCACCUACCAUCACUUUUCUCAGUUACGGUAUAUCCUGGCAGAUCGCGGACUUUGAUGUUAAAAGGCUGGAGCCUUACUAUCAGCUCUCGCGACCAACCGGCGCGACUGCUACCGAGAGCUUGAACAUGGACUACCUCACAAGCCUGUCUUGGCUGGUUCCGCUGAAAGCGAUCCGCCAUCGGCACUGGGCGGUUCUCUACUCUUCAUUGGCCACUCUUAUCACGGGAAGUUUGCUUCCUGUGCUCCAGCAAGCGUCGAUGGUAAUGGAACCUCCCCAAAAAGACCGAGCGGAGUCGGAGUUCAAAUACAUACGUAUUGUGCCUGUCUGGUCUCGGACCAUGUCCGCAAGUCUGUUUUGCGUCGCUCUGUACGGCAUCCUCCUUUCCAUCAAGCUACGGCGAAAGAGCGGGCUCCUCAGCGACCCCAAAGGCAUCGCAGGCAUCGCAGCCAUGGCCACGCAAAGCCACAUCCUGCAAGACUUCCACGGGCUAGACAUCGCACCCAAGCGGGUGAUCCACAAGCAGCUGGCGCAUCGGCGCUACAUCCUGCACAAAAGCUCGCUCUGGCAAGGCGAGUACAUACUCAGCAACAACGAAGAAUACGAAACGCAAAAAGGCGACAACCCCGUGCCGUUGAUGCUGACGCUCAAAGCGGGCAUCCCCUACCUCAGCGGCAUGCUGCUCUUCAUGGUCUCGCUGCCCGUCUUCCUCUUCCAGCCCAAAGCCAACCUCGCCACGGAAAAAGUGCCCUUCCUGCUCACGGCCCUCGCAACAGUCAUAAAGCUGCUCUGGGGCACCAUCACGACCGACGUGCGCGUCCUCGAGCCCUUCUACAUCCUCUCACGGCGGCACGCACCCGCGCGCACUCUCACCCUCGACUACGCAGGCACGACGCCCGGCUACCUCCCCCUCAAAGCCCUGCUCAACCGACACUACCUCGUUGCGCUCGUCGGCGCCGGCGCCCUCAUGACCGAGGUCCUCACCGUCUGCGUGUCCUCCUUCUCCGUCGACGGCAAGAAAUUCUUCCCCGGGCACGGCCACCCCACCACCAACAACGACGACGACAACAACAACAGCGCCUCCCACCCCAGCAGCAGCCGCUACAACGCCGACGUGACCUUCAAGUCGUUCUGGGUCUCGUUCGCGCUGGCCAUGGGUAUCCUCACCUACCUGUGCGGCGUAGGCGCGGCGGUGUAUUUGCGGCGGCGGCACGCGUUCCUGCCGCGGCAGCCGGGCACCAUCGCCGCCGUGCUGGCGUUCAUCCACCAGAGCCGCAUGCUGCUGCGCUUUGUGGACACGCAGCGCAUGGACGGCGCGCGCAUGAAACGGUAUUUGGAGGAGGAGGGCAAGUCGUACGCUUUGGGCUGGUUUAGGGGCAGGGAUGGUCAAGACCAUUGCGGUGUUGAUGAGGAGCCGGUCGUCGCUGCGUAUCGCUUUGGUGUCGAUUGGAGGAAGAGCAGGGUCCAGCCGGGGCAGGUGGGCACGUGGGAG